AUUCGUCCAUUGUCCUGAGGCUGCUCUUAAUCGGAAUAGCAGGUUAAAGUUGCGAAGUCAGACCCCACCUAGAUUUCCUUAGAAAUGGCGGAACGGAAGCCAGAUUGUUCGUCAAAAAAAGAUGUCAAAGCGCCAAACUUGAUUGAAAGAGCCAAGGAAGAAAUUGAAGCAAUAAUUCAUUCACCACACCAUCAUAAGGAAACUCAUGGAAGAAAUGAUGACAUUGAUGAGGACACUCCAAUAGAUGAGGUGAAAGGGCCAAAUGUGUUUGAACGAGUAAAGGAGGAAAUUGAGGCCAUUGUUGAAGCAGUUCAUCCCAAAAAGGAAUCCAAGGAUCAUUGAUCAUCUCGAAAGCAAGAGGCGGUUAUGCCUGUAUUGUGAAAAUUGUAUUAUGCAGAUAAGCAUUGGCUUGAAUUGCUUGUUACAGUUUGAUUCAUGGUAUAUAUAUUUGUGAUGUUUAAUUGAUUUUAGGUAACUUAAUACAUAGUGUAUACAUGUUUGUUUCAUAGCCAAUAUCCGGUCACAGAUUGAAAAUCAUUUCCUUUGUGCUAUCAAGACAGUAAUAUUGUGCAGCU